CUUAUAAUGUGUUAUACCUUGGUGAAAGUGCAGUUUUGUUUACGACGUAACUUAUAUUUGCGCAAUGUUUCAUUUAUGUGACAAGACUUUUUAAUUACAGGAGAUAUUUAAAUUAAAAGGAAUUUCAAACAAACAUAUUAGUGGAUAUUUUGACGCUGUAUUGUGGUGGGAACAGGUUUUUUUGACCUUCUAAACUAUUGAUCACCGACCUACCAUCAUGAUCAUCAUUUUAUUGACCCUGCUGCCAUACAUAUCAUCAGAGUAUGUCCCACCAGGCCCGGCAUACCCAUGCCCAAAGGAGACACAGCAACAGCUGCUGUACCCGUGCAUUUGCGAGAAAGGGACAGACGCAGGGUUGUACAUAAAAUGCGAGAAUACAGGGCUGGCAGUACUCAGUGUGGGAUUGGGGAACAUAGCGGGAUUAGGGUUGCCAAUUGAAAGGUUGGAACUGAGGGAAUGUAAAAUUUUCCAUCUCCAUGGUGCUCUAUUACACCGUUCCACCAUAAGGGUUUUGCAUAUAGUGGAUACACCAAUAAAAACCAUAGACGAGUAUGCAUUCGCUGGUGUCAACCGGACUCUCCAAGAGCUAAGGAUGGUCAACACAAAAAUUGCUGAGUUUCCGAAGGAAGCGUUCAAGAUCCUAAGUAACUUAUCAUUGUUGUCAAUUGAUGGACACGAGAUGAGGACGCUGGGCAAGGAUAUCUUCGCUGGCAGUGAGGCGGUGGGCCGGUUGGAGAGGUUGCACCUGACCAAUGGACUCAUAUCUGACUUACCAGUUGAAGCUUUCCAGAACUUGAAGAAACUCAAAACUUUGGAUCUACACGGCAACAGGUUGGCAACAUUGAAGAGAAAUCAGUUCAAAGGACUCAGGGACGCGGAAGUGCUCGACAUAAGCCACAACAAUAUAACGAAACUGGACGGCAGCCAUAUUGGUGACUUGACGAAGCUCGGCUGGUGCAAUGCCAGCCAUAACCUGAUCGCUGAUAUACCCAGAGGAAUGUUCGCAAGAAAUACAGUAUUGAAAGUACUGCAUUUAAACAGCAAUAAAAUUAAGAAGUUGGACACCAACAGUUUCAGGGGGAUGAGGUUCCUCAGGCGUCUCUUCCUCCAAGACAAUCAGAUCUCAGACAUCGGCCGGGGGACGUUCUCAUCAGUGACACGCAUCGGUACAGUGGACCUGGCCAGGAACAGGAUCACGAAGGUCGACUACCAAAUGUUCCAACAAGUCAAAUAUGCUGAGGUAAUAAAUUUAGCCGAGAACAACAUCACGACCAUAGACUCGCAAGCGUUCACAGACCUCUACCUGGCCAUAGUGAAUAUAUCCCACAACCAAUUAACGACCAUAGAGAAAGGGGCGUUCCAGAAUUGCAACAAUAUGACCGUAUUGGACCUCAGUCAUAAUAGAUUGGAGAAAAUAAAAAGGCUGGCCUUCGACGAAAUAUCUUAUGCGUCUCUCUUCAAUGUUGCAUAUAAUAAUUUCACGGAUUUCUCACAGAUACCAAUCCACAAUAUGACCGGUAUACAAGUGUUGAACGCAUCGUACAACCGUUUAGAGAAGAUCCCCAAGAUGGCGUUCCCCAAGUUGUAUGAGCUCCAUACAGUCGACUUGUCCAAUAACAACCUAACAGAUAUAUUCAAUGGAGUGUUCCAGAAUUUGUUCUCUUUGCGGUACCUGAACCUAAGCCACAACUCCAUGGAGCUGAUCAAGCCAGCGACCUUCGGCUCCAUACCGACGGUGCUUGAGGUGGAUCUCUCGCACAACAAGCUGCGAGAUGGCUCCAGGGGUGGUCUCGCCAAGUUGGCCAGCUGCAGGACCAUGGAUCUCAGUUAUAACCAUCUGGAGAGGAUCCCCCAGAUACCCAUAAGUUUAGGCGAUCUCAACUUUGCCCACAACGAGUUAUCGGAAAUCAAAGCAAACACGUGGCCGACUAUGAACGCGUUACUGCGCCUCAACCUGUCCGCCAACAAUCUCGGCGACAAUUUGUCGUCCGACAGUUUCUCGGGCCUGUUGACGCUGCAAGCGCUCGAUUUGUCGCUGAACGGCGUGACCAGACCGCCGUGGCAAGCGCUGAACGUGCUCACCAGUUUACAGUAUUUGUAUUUACAGCACAAUAAUAUAACAACACUGACAAAGUCAGCGUUCGGCAAUCUGCCCACUUUGUUCAACUUGGACCUGUCGCACAACCAGUUGGCUGAGAUAUCUCAGCUCUCCUUCAAUGGUAUGCAGCAAUUGAUAAACUUGACCUUGAGUGGUAACCACCUGAGUUAUAUACCCAAUGAGGCGUUCAAGGGGCUAGUCGCGUUAAGGAAAUUGGACCUGUCGAACAAUCUUCUGGAGAAAAUUGACAACAAAACCAAUGGUUUAUUGGACGAUUUAUUGUCUUUGGAAAAGGUAGAUCUGAGUUCCAAUCGCUUCGGUUUUCUAACAAAGAAGAUGUUCCCAUCGUCCCCAUGGAUACCCUAUAGGCUCAUGGAAAUCGAUCUGAGCUAUAACGAGAUACCUGUGUUGACUUUCGACUUGACAUAUGGCGCUGGUAAAGUGAAGAGAAUGAACUUUACAGGAAAUGUUAUUAACGAUAUUCGAAGCAAUGUGUUGGGAAAUUUGACUUCCUUGGAGGUGUUGGAUCUAUCCAAUAACGACUUGAACAGUCUGAUUUCGAGGUCUUCCGAACGUAAUUUCGCCCUGCCGGAGAACAUAACCGAACUAUAUUUACAAAACAACAUGCUGGAUGAUCUUCCCAUUGACAGACUGGUGAAUGCGACGCGUCUCCACAUUCUGAACGUUCGAAAUAACCAAUUAACAACCUUAGACCCGUAUUUGGUGAGGAAAAUCAGAAGUGAGGGGCUCCAAGUCUUCUUUGAAGGUAACAAGCUUAGAUGCGAUUGUUUAACUCGUCCGUUGAAGCAUUAUUUAAACCAUCUGUCAUCGUCGAGACUGGAAACUGAGGUUAAAUAUCACAAUUUGACGUGCACCGAACCUGUAAUGUUGCAAGAUGAAAAUAUUCUGACCAUAGACGAGGAGAGAUUAUUGUGUACUGGCAACAUCGAGACGGAUUAUAAACUCAACGAAUAUGGCAACACUGACAGUUUUGAGUUCGUCUUGGAACCGGACCUGGCAUUCAGGGAUAUACAGUAUUCUCAAUCCGGUAUCUACGUAUAUUGGUACGUGACAUCCACUGAAGACAUCGCAGACUUCAAUCUGUACAUACGAGAUGCCAGAAACAAUAUACUUUACACAAAAACCAUAGCGUACAACCUGCGCUCUAUGGUUAUAACCAUAGACAAAGAAUUAAAAACGUCACUGCGUGAAAACAAUGAGAUCUGCAUACAGGCGAAGAGUUCAAACAAUUUCCCGCGCAAAUGGUUCUCGUCGCAGUGUCAAAAGGUGCCUUCGGAUUUUGAAAAGUGGCCCGCGAAGCUUACCGUAGACAAGAGGAGGUUAACAAAAAAGAAAGUUAAGUACAGUUGGUUUAGUAACAGCGUUAUCGGUUUAGUGGCCGACUCGAUUUUAAUCACGUUGUGUAUAUUUUUGGGCGUUUGUUUAAAAUUGACUGAGCUCGAUGUGUGAUUGUUUUUUUUUCUUUACAAAUGUAAUGUAUGCAACUGUGAUGUUGGCAGCACUAAAUGAUUUUCAAAUAUCGAAUACCCGUGUUUGAAUGUUCAAACAUGUUCGAUGAGUUUAAAAUAAUUGUUUACUUAUUCUUAUUUUAAAUUUAAGCGCGCUACUCAUAAGACUGGCAACAUUUUACUGUGGCUGUCAAAGUAAUAUUGAAUUAUAUCCGUCCAUUAAAGACUAAAAUAUUAUUAAGGCAAAUAUUUUGUAUAUCUUUUUGUACACUUGUAUAUUUUUAUGUAUACUUUUUACUUUACUGAAUAAAUAAGGAAUAUAAUAUAAGCUUAGUUUUAUAAAAAAAUUACACGACUGCUCGAAGGAGUAUAAUGUUUUAGGCUUCAUGUAUGUAUGUGAGUUUCUUUAUUGUACUAUAACUUCUAAAUGCAUGAACAGAUUUGGAUGUAUAGAUUAUUGUAAGAAUGCUUAUAUUAUCCCGAAUAAUAUUGGUUAUAAUUUUUUUUUUAUAUUUCGUUUUUCGUACUGCUAGGUAGUUGUUAUAGAUUUUUUCCUACUAUCUUAAUUUAUAUAUUUUUUUUAUUUCUGAAUAGAAAUUUUAUAAAAAUUGGUUCCGUAGUUUAGUUUUUAAAUCAAAAUAAUAAAUAAAGUUAUUUUUUGCGGGAUUUAAUUUUUAAUUAUGAAUUUUUCAUAUAUUAUAUACAAAUAAUGAUAAAUUUAUUAUCGACAUCACAAAUUAUAGCUUUAAUUUACUUAUUUAAGUUAGGUACCUAGUAAUAAGUUGGGGGGGGGGGGGGGUGCCCAACUUGAAUUGUUUGGUUUAAAGAAUUACCUAUCUCAGGAUAGAUAGAUACUCUUUAUUGUUUCCUCCAAAAGAUUACAAUAGUAAACUUAUUAUAUAUAUAAACAAUUACAAGAAAUAAUCACAGUGAGAAAACAAUGGGCGACCUUAUCGCUAAGAGCGAUCUCUUCCAGCCAACCUUUGGAUGGAGAGGAGUAAUUAUAAACAGUUUGACUGGAGGCACGAAGCUCUGUUCAUUUUUUUUUUUAAUAUAUAUACAUAUAUGUGUAUUAUACAUUUAUACAUUUUUUUUAAUAUCAAUACAUAUAAUAAAAUCGUAACAGAUCGCUGUCUGUACAUGGAAGAUGUAUAAGAAAAACUUUUUUAUGAGGGGGGGGGGGGGCUUUAUGAACGCAAUAGAACCUAAAACAAUUAUUUUUAGAAUCUUUGUUUGUCUGUACGUUUGUGCAUGCUAAUCUCAGAAAUGUCUUAAGCGAUUUAAAUGCGUUGUUUCUACUAAUGCGUUGCGGUUUGCUCCACUUAACAUUUAGUGUUUGUUUCAUUUCAAACGGUUCAUUAUUCAAGUAAAGAAAUUAUAUAAAUCAUGUAUAUGCUAUAAAAUAACCGCUCAGUUAAAUUGGCUGUAACUUUUUUUUUAUUAUAUGUAAUGAGUUUUGAAAAAUCCGUCUACUCGUGCGAAGCCGGGUUAUAUAGCUAGUAUAUAAAUAAGUAUACACUCCUAAAUAUUGUGCUCAAAUAUUGAAAUCUCAUUUGCUUGCCGAACGUGGCAAGUACUAGCAAAUCCCCUCUUAGAGGAGAGUUGUGCCCAGCAGUAGGCUGUUAACGGCUUAUGGGAUGGGAUAGACAUCUCAAUUCUGAUUAAAUCUACUUAUUGUCUGUGAUAAGGUAUAUACAAGAUGAAAGUCGAAAGCUCUGUGUUGGUAACUCGGUGAAAUUUUCGAAAAAACAUAUUUAUCUAGUUUAAAUAAACAAUCGUAUUGUUUACACAUAUUUUAAAUACACUAUUGGGGAGUUAACGCGAUGAAAAUUUUACAGGUAAACAGUAUUUAUGUACAUGCCUGCUUCUUUAUUGUCGACGUGUCUUUCAAUUUUUUAUUCUUGUUUUUAAAAAAAAAUAGAAAAAAAAUAUGAUUUUUUUUAUUUUUUAUCUACGUAUUUGUUCGUCGCGUUAAGUCUCGAUAAUGUAUUUUUUUUUUAGUAAAUAUAUGUAUUUACCUAGUUCUGACGUUUCAUUUUUAUUGUUUUUCUUUUUUUUUUUGUUUAUAAAUGUGUUCACUUUUACUCAUUAAUUGUAUACUUGUAUACAAUUUCGACGUUCCAUUUUACGUGUUUUCUAUUUUCGUUUAGUAUAGAAAAUUAAUAUUUUUAAAUGUACAUAGCAAUCUCAUAUUUUUAAUAACACAUUUUUUUUUUAGUAUAUGUAUAUAAUUGUGAUUUUUAUACUUUGUAAAUUUCUAUACAAUUGUUAAAUAAAUUUUGUAUAGUUAUAAUUGUUGUAUGUAUACCAAUAUUGUGCUCAAAUAUUGAAAUCUCAAAAUUUUUAUAUACACUAUUUUUUUUUUUCUACGAAUAUUAAUGUUAUCAAAAUAAGUGUUGUUGGUGUUCCUUUUACAAUUUGUACAGAAUAUUUGUAC